CUCGACUCUUCUUCCCAGGUACUGACACAUAGAUAGAGAGCUGUGAGAUCAUAAUCAAUGGCGGCUAAGGUUUCGUUGAAGCUAAAAGGAAAAUCAAAAGGAUCAAAGGGGUCAUCUUCUUCAUCCUCCUCCUCUGCGCCUUCCAAGUUCGAUGUCUUGAAGGAUUGGACCAACUGGUCUUUGAAGAAAGCCAAAGUCGCCACUCACUAUGGCUUCAUCCCUCUGAUCAUCAUCAUCGGCAUGAAUUCGGAUCCUAAGCCGGAACUCUCUCAGCUCCUUACUCCCGUUUAAUCCAUCUUCGUCGAAUCUUCUUCCUACUAAUGUUUUGAUUAGAUGCUUUUUGUUACUUUUCCCCAAAUUUGUUCUGCUUUUUCGAUAUAUGAAAUGGAUUUGUAUUUGUUUCUGAAUUUAUCAUUCAAAGUUUCAUUCUUUUUUUUU